GAUAGGUCGAACGCAUUCAUUUAAAGGUUCAUUUCAGGGUAUCGAUAUCGUGAGCCUGCAUCAGGGCUACACGGUUUUGAAUACAUUUUUCUAUUAACUUUGAUGCGAUAGCUGUGAGAUAAGGAAACUGAAUCGUCGUGCGUGAAAUGAAAAUGAAGCAGGAAAUUUGCUGAAGAAUCGAACGAAAUGAGCGCGGAAAACAACAUUCUCUGAAUCGUUCAAUAUCGCACGGAGUACAACCUAACCUAUAAAACGGUUUCUUGAAUUUGCGGUUCACAUUUUUAGGAGAAUCCACGAAACGAUUGGGAACAGUUGCGUUGUUUAUGCAGUAUCCACCUUAGAAGAAGACUAACUAUGUACGUGGUGCAAUUAUCUGGUUUGUUAUCGAAGCAGUUCAAUACAAAUUACGUUCGAAACGGAACCAGGUUAGCUUCCACUUUUGGGCGGCACGAAAAUUAUGGAAGAUUUCGCGAAUACCGGAAAAGGAUAGCCGUUUGGUUAAAACAACAAAGUGGCCAAGUAGCCGAAGCUUGUGCUAGACAGUUCGAAUUUAUCGCGGCACAGCGUGUCAGAAGAAGCAUGCAAAUAUUUCAUCUGUACACGCGAAUGUGGGACGAGGCAGCGCUCAAAGAGUUUAUGAAAUCAUGGAGAAAUCGUACGUUGAGAAAUACCAGACAUUUUUUAAUGAGUAGUAUCGGAGUAACGAUGUACAAUUGGGAUCGCGAACGAAUUAGCGAAGAAGAGUUAAAUAGUUUCCACGCUCUAACUGGUUUUGUUGUCAGUUACAAGCAGGAAAUCGAAGGGAUUCACAGAUUAAGGGACUCUACGGUGAUUUGCGCGAUAUGCCAUCAAAGGAUCGUCAUAGAUGUCCGGCAACCUGGUAUAAAAUAUUGUACAUGCUACGGCAAUAAGUUUAGCGCCACAGCCAACGAAGGCCCACAAGGAUGGAGACCGUAUAUAGAACGAGAAGACAUGCUCAUAUGGAGGAGGGAAGAGCCAAAUUUUGGAGGAUUGUUCGCGUACAAGGUGUACGGUUCGUUCGACGACGUUACCGCGGAAGAUUUUUUACAAACCCAAAUAGACGUCGAUUAUAGAAUGAAUUGGGAUUCAAGCGCUCGUGAAUUACAGAUAAUCGAUACGGAUCCGAAAUCGCAAACGUCCUCCGAAGACAGUACCGACGUGAUCUAUUGGGAGACGAUAUGGCCUAAAUUGUUUGCAAACAGGGAUUACGUGUAUCAACGACGGUGGGUGGUGGAUAAGGAUAAACGGUUGAUCAUAAUCAUAAAUAAAGUAACCGAACAUCCUAACGCGCCUACGAAACCGGGUGUAUACAGAGUGACAACGUAUUGGUCGUACAUGGUGAUAAGACCUUACACAGAAUUUCACCAGCCAGGCAUUGAAUUUGGGUUAACUUAUUUCGAUGAUCCAGGUGUAAAUAUUCCAUCAGCGGUUACCUCGUGGGUAGCAAUGUCAGGACUGCCAAACUUUUUAAUUCGCAUGAGACACGCGGCAAAGAAUUAUCAGAGUUACAAACGCACGAAAAAAAUUGCUGAUCCGUCCACUACCAAUUACGCCUCUUUCCAAAACGAGGAUGCGUCCGGGUACGAGGUGAUACCUAAUAAUAACGGUACAGAAACUUUGGAAAAGAGCGAAGCAUCGAACGAGAAGGUAGCGGAGGAAAGCAAUUUCGAUAAACGAAACGAAACGUUAACGUUUACGGGCGACCAACGGGAUGAAAAUGAUAGACCGAGCAACGAAAGAACAGCCAGCACAACUAAUUUACCAGAUGAACGCAGAGGUUUACUACGUUAUUUGCAGUAUAUUUGAAAUAACGAAAUUGGUGUUGACUGAUAAAAAGAUUUUUAACGUGACUUUGUGCAGGAAGUACGGUAACGUAACGAUCGCAAUGUAAAGAUAAAGAGAAUAUUUCUAAAUAAGAGGACAUACCGGAGAUAACGUUGAAUCGAAUGCAGUUGGGACGAUGAAUCGUGAAAAAGUACUGUAUCGUUUCUUGCUCCGUGCACUGCCUUCUGUAUAAUAUAACAAACACGAGACUGACUUAUUUUUAUAAUCCAUCUUUCCUAUGUUGUUUAUUCUCGAAUGAAGGGUGAGAGACGAAAAAAAAAGAAGAAUCCAGAGAUGUUCCGAGCUGGAGAAAAUUGUAAGGGAUCGCAUUUACCGACUGGUAAUGCUGUGCACUCGCUUAUCAGUCGUCCCCACCAUUUCUCUCUCUCUUCGCCUUUAUAAAAUGGCUGCGUGACACUUGCUUGACGCUUAAAAGACGAGAACGAAAAGAUUAGAUAUUGAUUGCGAUAAAACGUAAAGAAAACUGGAAAGAAAGAGAGCUACGGUGCUGGAGACGCUGAAGAACGAACUUUAAAACUAAAACUUUGGCUAAAAAUACAACUACGAGUUACGCUACAAAAUUGGAAGCUUCAUUUAUGACGUCAGCUUUUUCAAAAACUCAAUUUCAAACAUUGGUCCUUUGAGGCGGAUUUACACAUAACAAAUAUCGAGAUUGACACUUAUAAUCAACGGUCGUUCUUGACCCAGAGCACAGAGAGAAACACCUGGUUUGAACUCGUCGCUCACCUGUAUAGAUUCUUUCCUCUAAAACAAUGGACAAGUUGGUUACUAAACAGCUCGACCUGAUGGAACGUAUUUCAUCAACGACUAAAAACAUGGGUGUGGCUAUAACGCAAGGAGAGGUUAAAACGCGCUUGAAGCUCUUGGAAAAAAAUUGGAAUACGUUUUGCAAGACCCACGAGCAACUCCUCGUUUACUCAACAACCUACAUGGAUGAUCCUUACUUUAGACGAAACUACAUGAGUAUUUGUCAAGAGAAUUACGUACAACAAAAGGCAAUACUAAUGGACCUUAUGGAGAAAAAGCAGGGCGAAACUUCCGCAGGUAAAACCAAACCAUCUCCUGGAACUUCGUCGCGUCGAUCUUUACCUAAAGAAACGGGCAAUUACGAGCUGAUUGACGAGCAACUGGAACGCUUGAUGGCGCUCAAGCCGAUAAAGAGGGUAUCGUUGCCAUCCCUGAAGCGGCUCCUUAAGGGCACCAUGGAUGCAGUCAAGAAAUUGAAAGCCUUGAAUCGACCAGUCCAGUACUGGGAUGACUGGCUCGUUUUCAUAACAGUCGACAGACUUGAUCCUAAAACGAGAACGGAAUGGGACAUAUUCAUCGGAUCGACUUCAGAUCCUCCAACGUUUGCACAAUUGACGAACUUUCUCACCUCACGACUGCGAGCCCUGGAAGCUAAGAAAGAAGUCCCGAAACAAGGGUGGAGGGCGCCCGUUAAGCCGCCGAGGAAUAACAACCCCAAUGUUGCCUUCGCCUCCACAUCUACAGGCGGUAUAUUCGUAAAAUGGUAAAUGGAAAGCUACUUAGUAGUAAAUGCAUGUUCACAGUUAACAAGUGGUAAGAAACCUACUGUUAACAAAGGCAAACUGGAUAUUUAUUACUAUCUAGCAAAAUACAACUACGAGCUUCAAAGCUGGAAGCUUCAUUCCGUCGGCUUUUUCAAAAACUCAACUUUAAACAAUAGGUACGCGCAUACAUAGGAGAAACAGAGAAAACAUAAAUAAUCUGCAUAAAAACAUAACACGUCAUGUUCGUUGAUCCUUAAAUGUUAAAAGCAUGUGGAUAUUUUGUAUUUAACGUGACGCGAAAAGAUACUGUGGAAAGAAAACCAUAUAUCGUGUACCUGAUAUUGUCCUUUGGUUUGAAAUUUUGUUCUCAUUUAUAUAUUGUUACCAUUUAACAAAUUUAAUGUUUGUUAUUUCUACCUCAAUAAAAUAUAUCUUUUAAUA